GCUUCUGAAUCAAAUAUUCUUUGCCCUAUUUGCAAAAAUAAUAAUUUAAAAAACUUCCCAAACUCAUCUGCAAUAAUUACUAGUAGUUUUGCUAUAUCUGUUACUAAUGCUAUAUCUAUUACUAAUGCUAGUAAUUCUGCUACACCUGUUACUAAUACUAGUAAUUCUGCUGUACCUGUUAUCAAUACUAGUAAUCCUAUUACUCAUACUACCUCUAAUAAUCCUGCUACUAAUAUUAUCACUACCUCUAAUAAUCCUGCUACUUAUAUUGCCUCCAACUCUAGUAAGUUUGCUAAUAAUUUCUCUAUACCUACUAACUUUAAUAAUCCUACUAGAUCUACUACUUAUAUUAAUGAAAUAUUAGAAAAUAGUAGAAUCUCUAUAAAUAAAGCUAAAUCUACAGCCUACAAUGAAAUUUUGGCAAAGAAUUCUCAUCUUACUAAAGAUAGUUUGAAAUGA